AUAAUCGCUCUACGAAAAAAGACUAAACUACUGACUGACGAACAAUUACAGAAAAAAUUUGCUUAUUAUCGGCAAAGAGUUCGCCGGAUGCCUAAAAAAGGCCGUGAAAAGUCCCUGGAUAAAUAUCUGGUUCCGGUUUUUGCUCUGGUGCGUGAGGUUAUUAAGCGCAAAACGGGGCUUUUUCUGUUCCCUACUCAAAUAUUUGGAGGAAUAGUACUUCAUUAUGGUAAUAUCGCCCAAAUGAAUACGGGGGAAGGAAAAACUCUGACGGCUUUUUUACCGAUUUGCCUCAAUGCCCUCUUGGGACGAACAGUUUUCGUUAUUACGAAAAAACGACUAUAUAAUGAUUGCACGGUCAUUUAUACUACCGGCAGCGAAUUAGGAUUCGAUUAUUUACGGAAUAAUUUAGUAACUAAUAUUGAGGACAAGAAAAAACAGGACUAUUAUUACGCGAUCGCUGAUGAAAUUGAUUCGCUUUUUAUUGACGAAUGUACUAAUCCCCUCAUCAUUUCCCAAAGGGUCCAAGGAGAAAAUGUCAUUAGUCCAGCCGAAUACCAAUUGGCUACCAAAUUGGCUAAUGCUUUAGUAGAAAAAAAAGAUUACAAAGUCGACCAAAAAGAAAGAGAGGGUAUUGAUUAUAUUGCUGAUAGAGAGGAACAAAAAUUAGUAUUGAUUGACGCCUUGACUGGUCGUUUGGUGCCAAAUAGAGUUUACAGUUCUGGUAUUCACCAAGCCAUUGAGAGCAAAGAGAAUUUGCCAGUCAGCAUCAAAAGUAAGACGAUUGCGACUAUUACCUACCAAAAUUUUUUCCGCCUCUUUGAUAAAUUGUCCGGCAUGACCGGGACCGCUGCGAGCGAAGCCGAUGAGUUUCGCCAAGUUUACGGCAUGGAAGUGAUUGCCAUCCCUCCUUAUCGAAAAUUAAUCCGCCAGGAUCGCAACGAUUUAGUUUUCUGGGACAAAAAGAGCAAAUAUGAUUAUAUCAUCAAAUUAAUCAAAAAAAACCAGAAAACUGUUCGUCAACCCAUUUUGAUUGGUUCUCCAAGUGUGGAAGUUUCCGAACAUUUAUCCUCGCUGUUAAAAAAAGAAAAUAUUCCUCAUAAUUUACUUAACGCAGUCAAUCAUAAACAAGAAGCCGAAAUAAUUGCCAAAGCCGGGCAAAUUGGCACCAUUACCAUUUCUACUAAUAUGGCCGGACGGGGGACUGAUAUCAUUCUUGAUCUGGAAUUUCUCCUAUUUAACUUGAAAUUUGUGGCUGAAAAACUUCGUGAUAUCGAUACCGAUGAGGCCAAAAAAGUUAGAGAAAAAAUUAAUGAAUUUUUGAAAUGGUGUUCAGAGCAUAAAGAGGAAACAAAAAAAGUUAGAGAAAAAAUUAAUGAAUUUUUGAGAGAUUUGCGAGGCAAAAAAUAUACAAAAAAAGUUCAAGCAGUAAUUGAUAAGUUUGUAAAAGGUCUAGGAGUGUUAGGAAUAGAAAGAAAUACUACCCGCCGGGCUGAUAACCAGUUACGGGGUCGGGCUGGACGCCAAGGAGACUCGGGCGAAAGUCAAUUUUUCGUUUCUUUGGAGGAUGAAAUGUUAAAAAAUUUUGGGGUUAAAGAACAAGUAGGCAAAUUUUUCAACCAAAAACAAUUAAAAGAACUUUUUCACAAGCCGUUAAGUGGCAAAAUAUUCAAUUAUCUCAUUUCUGAACCCCAAGAAACUUUACGGAAUGUUCAUGCUUCCAACCGCCAAUAUCACCUUAAUUAUGACUUGCUUAUUAAUCGGCAAAGACAAUUCAUUUAUAAUUACCGCGAUAAAUUAUUAAAGACAGAUGACCUAACUAAAAUAAUCAAAAAAAAGUCCUUGGCUAAAAAAGGGGAAAUUGUGCCUAUCGAGCAAGAAUAUUUAAAAGCCCAUUUUGUGCGAAUUAAAGAUGGCGAAAUAGUGACCGAGGGCAAUUUAACCAAAAUCCGCGAGCAUUUAAAAAAACCAUAUCGAGGGGUGGUUCGUUUUCAUGAAAAAACCUCCGAACAAAUUGUCAAAGAAAGAUACGAUAAAGUUUUAGAAGAAGUUGAUUUUGAUUAUGAGAAGUUUCAUGACUGGAUUUAUGACGAGAAAAAUAAGGAGAGAAUUGAAAUUAUACCAAGAAAAAUGAGUUCAAAACAAAAAUGGAGAAUUAAAAAAGAAACAUUAGUCAAUGAAGAAACCGGGCAAAUAAUUUAUUUUAAUCCCCAAAUUAACGGAAUAAUUGAUGAUUUAAGGACAAAUUGA